GGCCACCGGCACCGUCGUCGUUUGCCUGCCCGCCGGUGCCCGCCGCACAGGCGCACACUAGAACGCCGCCCGCCGGACCGGACUCUCGCCGCAGCUCGCCUCGUUGGAGACCGGUGCCGGAAGGGGAAGCAGCAACUACAGCAGCUAGCCCGACGGAGGCGGUGGCAUGGCGCAUCUGAUUCUGAUCUCGUAUCGCACCGGUGCCCCUCAAACCCCCACCCUCUCGGCCGGCCCCAAGCAUCCCCGUCUCCACCGAAGCGUUCCGUCCCCGCGGCUUGGCAUCAGGGUUCCCGGGAGGAUGGCUGCUCCAGCGGCAGGCGCGCUGGCUCCGCUCGCAGGUAGCCUAGCUCCGUUGUACUGCCGAAGGAGUCCUCCACUUCUCAAGGUCGCCAAGCGGCAGUCUGGUGGUAACCGAUUUGCUCCUGCCAGCUUUCAAAAAUGUGCGGCUGUGUCGGACCAUGGACGUCAGCGGGCAACUGGCACUGAGUACCAGAUUGAUGAUGAUGAGCCACUUUGGCUGGCAGUGUUCAGAGACCUCGCUGUGGGUCUGAAGGGAUUGGUAGCUUUCUUAGCUGAGCAGCCAAGGCAACUGAAGCACCUAGAGUGGCCAGGCCUUCAAAACACGCUGAAGACGGCUACACUUACUCUUGUACUGGUAGCUUUGUUUAUUGUUGCAUUGUCAACUAUUGAUGCUGCCCUUUGCUACGUGCUGGCCUUGCUACUUCGAAAAUCUUCCUAGAAUAACGCAGGAAUAUCUGCCUAUUGCUUGUAUAUUAUUUAGCUGGGAAGGAUAAUAGCGGGCACUGCAGGUGUAAUGCAAGCUCUUGUUGUCGAAGGGGUCAGCGAUGUUAUGCAGGCUGGAGCUAGGGGGAAGGUACCAUGUUAUUUUGAGAGGAUUGACAAGAUCGAAACAGAUGCUCUGCAACCUGUGCUGAUGUGAUGCAGCUGCUCAUUAUAGCAUUUAAAAGGGAGGUACCUGGUUUCAUAAGUUAAAAAAAUGGUAUCAUUCUCUGUGGAACAAGUAAAUAGGUCUAGUUAAAACUUGACAGGCUUGCUUGUAACUUGCUGGUCCAUCAGCUAGGAUCUGAAGAAGCUUUUUUCUCCCAGAUGUGUGGUCUGCUUUGUAGGGUUGACAAGCCUUUCACUCUGAUUUCUCGUUAGCAUUGAGUUGGUGAGUCCUUUUCAAGAUACAGGUCUACUGUUGAGCUGCAAAAUACAACUUACAUGUGUUGCUAGUUAUGAAAGGCUGCAAGAUUCGAUAUUGCAUCAGGAGAAUGGUGCACUUUUCAUGUCGUUAAUUGCUGGAUGAAAUUGCUAUGCUGCAUGCCUGUACCAAUGUGAAAAUACUAAUGAAGGGUCAGUCUCCUAAAUCAUGAUUAA